UCAGGUAGGAAAACUGUCACUGUUCUGAACAGAAAAGACUUCUUAAAAAAAAAUUGGUUUCAUGUAUUUUAAUAUGAAUUAUCUGCCAGAUGAGAAAUCGUUUGUUUUGAUGAUGCCCACCGAUGUGAAGAUCGCAUAGUCCUUCAAAGAUAUGCAAAAUAUCGUAAAGAAGUUGUAGACACAGAGAUUAAACUUUCUUCUUCUGAGCUAGUAAAAUGCAUGUUUUCCCUACAGUACAGCAGGUUUUACCAAGGAACAGUAAUGCUGAAAGAGAACUUUGAAGACACAGUGAGGUCUAUGAUGAAAAAUAGCAGAGUGCAGAAAUUGCCUUACAUACUUAGCCAGAUUUUUAGCAAAACUAUUUGGAAACACUAAUUUACACUUUAAUAGUAUUUAGAACUCUGCCUAGAUAUACCAAAUAUAUGAUAAAGGAUGACUUCAGUUUAUGGUUUAUGUCACACUAAAACGUUACAUCUAGCAAUUUACAGCAUAUUUAACAUUAUUGUCCUAGAUAUUGUUGCUGUAGUAAUUCAGGAAAAUAAAACAAACUUAUACUGCAACACUGAUGUCACUUACAAUAUUGCUUUCACUGGCAUUAGUUCCCCCUGCCCCAGUCAUUUUGCUCUGAUCUUUUCUAAGGUCUUGCCAAGAAUUUGGCAUGUGGUGCAGUGUCUGAAGACAAUCAGAUACAUCAGUGGCAAUAAAAUUGAUUACAAACAAGUAAAAUAAAUAUUUGUAUUCUGUAAUUGGUUUGGAAAUCCCAUCAAGAUUGUCAAAUAUUCCAACAAGAUUGAAUGCAGUCCGUUUUAAAUGCCCUGGAGUAUAGUUACUGUUGUGGCUGGGACAGUUUAAAAGAAAUAAUUGCUUCAGUCUCCAAAGAAAGGACAAGCAUAUCCAUAUUCAUACUUUCUUUACUUCAUAGGAAGAUAGACUCAUUUUCUGUCUCCAAUACUUUAUAAACCUACUCCAUAGCUGACUUUUUCUGGAUAAUCAUUUCUGUUUCGGUGAUAUCUGACAGAUUUAUUUCAAAGCAUUAAAAAAUCACAAAUGCAUUAUUUCUAAAUACAGUAAUUGCAUGUUAGGAUUGUAUUGAAACCCUAAUUAGUGUUUCACAGUAGUGUGUACAUAAUUGGAUUUGCGUCUUCAAAUUAGGAAAAUUAAAUCUAGUUUUCAAUAUAUUUGUCAAGAGUAAAGGAAAAAUAUAUGUUUACAUUCAGCUAUGUUUCUGUCUUCUGGUACCCUAUUAACCAAUUAACUUAAUGUUCUUCGGAUAUAUGCCAGAUCUGUUAAUUAGAUUCUAAGUGAAUUUAUACAUUAUCAAAUGCAUUUUGAAAUGAAGCUAUUCUGCUGUUGUGUCUCAUUUUCAAAAUGCUACUAGUAUCAGUGCAUCUGUCAUUUCUGCUAUUGUUAAUUAAUAGUUUUCCUUCAAAACAAUCUAUCUGUAGAUACUUUCUCUUUCAGUAGUUUAUUUAACUGUAGCCCCCUUUAAGUCUCUAACAAAAUUAGAUGUCUUUUCAUUUUAGCAAUAAGAAUAAAUAAUGUAGUGUAGCAGUGGCUGUUGUAAUAAAAUUGUGAAACAUUUGUUAUAAUUUUGUCAGUUGCCUCCAGUUUUUUUUCUUUUGAGCAUAAACAGAUGUCUAUCUUCAAUAGGAAGUUUAAUGGUAAACUCAUACACCUUCACAGUGUUAAAAUUUCCUAUAGUUUGAACAACCACAGAACAUAGUUUGUAUGAGAACUAAUAUAAGAACUAUAUAAGAAUUUGACUUUUGCCAAGGAAAAUAUCCCAAAGCCAAAAUUGUGUUUUGCCACUAGUGUAAAAAUCCAUCCAGAUUUGGAAAAGAUAUAAUUGGGGCAACUGGAACAGAAAGGGAAAUCUGUUUGCUGGUAUAUGUAUUAGAAGCUUUGGUAGGCUUACUUUUGAAUUUGCUACAUUUCUCAUUUCUAUUGUGUGUAGUUGAAAGCUUCAUUUCUUUCCCUGUUUUUUUUCUUUCAAACUUCAUCUCCACUCCAAAUGGUCUCCUUUGCUUUCAACAGAACAGACUCUUGCCAGGAGCUCUGCUGAAUUCUUCUUGAUCAGUUGUGAGAACUCUACCUCAUCUUGCUUGACUUGUCAAAUGCCUGUAGCACAGCUAACAGUUUUUAUUAAAAUCAUAUCUUUCUUAAAUUCAGUCUCCUGAAUCUUCUCCCUUUGGUCUUUUACACUGCUGAUUAUUUUUACCAUAUCCCUUUGAGGAUUGCCUUCAUGACCUCUCCUUCUAUUCAUUUUCUUAGCUGCAUUCUGUGCUUCUCCUGUACCUUAUCUGUGGGUAAUUUUAUCUGCACAUGCAGACUCAAGUACCAUAUCUGUAUGGGUGGCUCACAGAGCUGUCUGUUGACUCUAGAUAUAUCUCUUUCCAACCAGACUGUUUUCAAAAAUAUCUGUGUCUGCCACAAGAAGCUCCAUAUUACUAAAACAGAUCUCUUAAUCAAACAUCCUGGUUAUUUCUUUCUUUAUUUUUUAAUAGCUGUAGACAAUGUAGCCAUAUAAUGUCUAGAUCAUGGGAGUGAAUGACAGGUUUGUAAUGCCAAUAUUCACCAGUGCAGCACAGUAGGAACAAAUGUGUAAAGCGAACAGUUGAUGCUGAAGGCUUGAUGUCCAUAAUAUAUAUUCAUUUUGAGGGACGUUUAAUUGAAUUACCGCUGGUCUGGUUCUGUGGACUGAACGUUGCUUAGCAGUUGGAGCGAAUUUAAUGCACUCCUGGAGCACAUCUUUCAGUUCGGUUUCACGUGGAAGAAAUCUUGUUUGUGCACUCAGAGGCUGUUCUGGGGCGCAAAGCAUGGUCUCUCUGUAAGAAGUGUGUGCUGGAGAGGAGACCAUAUACUAGUUGGGACACAAGACAGUGAAAUUUUUGAGAUUGUGGUGCAUGAACGUAAUAAGCCUUUCCUGAUAAUGCAGGGGCACUGUGAAGGAGAGCUGUGGGCUUUGGCUGUCCAUCCUACUAAACCAUUAGCAAUGACUGGAAGUGACGAUCGAUCAGUCAGAAUUUGGAGUUUGAUAGACCAUGCUCUGAUUGCCCGGUGCAAUAUGGAGGAACCAAUUCGCUGUGCAGCGGUUAGUACUGAUGGAAUCCAUCUUGCACUUGGAAUGAAGGACGGCUCCUUCACUGUGCUUCGAGUCAGAGAUAUGACUGAGGUUGUUCAUAUCAAAGACAGGAAAGAAGCUAUUCAUGAACUGAAAUAUUCACCAGAUGGAAAUUUCCUAGCUGUUGGUUCCAAUGACAGCUCUGUGGAUAUAUAUGGUGUUGUUCAGCGAUACAAAAAAGUUGGGGAAUGUAUUGGAUCUUUAAGUUUCAUCACCCAUAUGGAUUGGUCUUCAGACAGUAAAUAUUUACAGACCAAUGAUGGCAAUGGGAAAAGACUUUUUUACAGGAUGCCAAGUGGAAAAGAAGUAACAAACAAGGAAGAAUUAAAAGGCAUUCAGUGGGCAUCAUGGACCUGUGUUUCUGGCCUUGAAGUUAAUGGAAUCUGGCCCAAAUAUUCAGAUAUAAAUGAUAUAAAUUCUGUAGAUGCAAAUUUUAUUGGGCAAGUUUUGGUUACAGCUGAUGAUUAUGGAAUAGUAAAACUCUUUCGAUACCCAUGUCUAAGAAAAGGAGCAAAGUUUAAAAAAUAUCUUGGACAUUCUGCUCAUGUGACAAAUGUCAGGUGGUCCCAUGAUCACCAGUGGGUAGUUUCCAUUGGAGGAGCUGAUCAUUCUGUCUUUCAGUGGAAAUUUGUCCCUGAUCGGAAGUUGAAGGACUCUCUUCAUAUAGCACCCCAAGAGAGUCUGGUUGAUUCUAAUAGUGAUGAAUCAGAUUCAGAUCAGUCUGAUGUUCCAGAGCUGGACUCUGAAAUUGAGCAAGAGACACAGAUCACCUAUCGUCGACAGGUUUACAAAGAAGAUCUACCUCAACUUAAAGAGCAAUGCAAAGAAAAAAGAAAAAGUGCAGCUUCUAAGAGACGAGAGAGAGCUCCAGGGAACAGUAUAAGAUUACAUUUUGUUCAUGGUUACAGAGGUUACGACUGCCGAAGCAACUUAUUUUACACUCAGACGGGUGAGAUCGUGUACCAUGUUGCAGCAGUGGGCGUGGUGUAUAAUCGGCAGCAGAACACCCAGCGCUUUUAUCUGGGUCACGAUGAUGACAUCCUCUGCCUGGCUAUUCAUCCCUUAAAGGACUACGUGGCAACAGGCCAGGUUGGUAGAGAUUCCUCAAUACACAUUUGGGAUACAGAAACAAUAAAACCACUGUCGGUAUUAAAGGGCUAUCACCAGUAUGGUGUUUGUGCUGUUGAUUUUUCAGCGGAUGGGAAACGCUUGGCUUCUGUUGGAAUAGAUGACAAUCAUACUAUUGUACUCUGGGACUGGAAGAAAGGAGAGAAGCUUUCAGCAGUAAGGGGAAGUAAAGAUAAAAUUUUUGUUGUUAAGAUUAAUCCUUAUAUGCCUGAUAAAUUGAUUACAGUUGGAAUUAAACACAUGAAAUUCUGGCGCAGAGCAGGUGGGGGACUCAUUGGGAGAAAGGGCUGCAUCGGUGCAAUGGGAAGAACUGACACUAUGAUGUGUGCAGUGUAUGGCUGGACUGAAGAGAUGGCCUUCUCUGGGACUUCCACAGGAGAUGUGUGCAUUUGGAGAGACGUGUUUCUCAUAAAAACUGUCAAAGCACAUGAUGGUCCUGUGUUCAGCAUGCAUGCGUUAGAAAAAGGGUUUGUCACUGGAGGAAAGGACGGGGUAGUAGCUCUCUGGGACGAUACCUUUGAGCGCUGUCUCAAAACCUAUGCCAUCAAAAGGGCUGCUUUGGCCCCUGGGUCUAAAGGUCUCCUCUUAGAAGAUAAUCCUUCUAUACGUGCCAUAUCUUUAGGACAUGGUCAUAUUUUAGUGGGCACAAAGAAUGGUGAAAUAUUGGAGGUGGAUAAAAGUGGGCCAAUAACACUGCUGGUUCAGGGUCACAUGGAGGGGGAAGUUUGGGGUCUAGCUACUCAUCCUCAUUUACCUAUUUGUGCCACUGUAAGUGAUGACAAAACCUUAAGAAUAUGGGAUUUAUCUCCUAGCCAUUGUAUGUUAGCUGUUCGCAAAUUGAAGAAGGGAGGCAGAUGUUGCUGCUUUUCUCCUGAUGGAAAGGCAUUAGCUGUUGGUCUCAAUGACGGAAGUUUUUUGAUAGUUAAUGCAGAUACUCUGGAGGAUCUAGUCUCCUUCCACCACAGAAAAGAUGUUAUUUCAGAGAUCCGAUUUUCUCCUGGGGCUGGAAAGUACUUAGCUGUGGCAUCAUGUGAUAACUUUGUAGAUAUUUACAAUGUAAUGAGCAGUAAGCGAGUAGGAAUCUGCAAGGGAGCCUCCAGCUAUAUAACACACAUGGACUGGGAUGUAAGAGGGAAGCUUUUGCAAGUGAACACUGGUGCUAAAGAGCAGUUGUUUUUUGAAGCUCCUCGUGGAAAGAAACAGACAAUUCCUAGUUUGGAGGUAGAAAAGAUUGGUUGGGCAUCAUGGACAAGUGUUCUGGGCUCCUGCUGUGAAGGAAUCUGGCCAAUAAUUGGUGAAGUCACGGAUGUAACUUCUUCAUGCCUUACUAGCGAUAGUAAAGUAUUAGCCACAGGAGAUGAUUUUGGAUUUGUGAAACUGUUUCGAUACCCUGCUAAAGGAAAGUUUGGAAAAUUUAAGAGGUAUGUGGCCCACAGUACCCAUGUAACAAAUGUCCGUUGGACCUAUGAUGACAGUUUGUUGGUCACUGUUGGAGGAGCAGACACCUCUUUAAUGUUGUGGACUUAUGAGAUGGAAGGACAUCGGGAUAGCAGAGAGUGUGACAGCGAAGAGUCUGAUCUAGAUUCUGAAGAAGAUGGAGGCUAUGACAGUGAUGUGACAAGGGAAAAUGAAAUUAAUUACACCAUCAAAGCCUUAUCAACAAACAUUAGACCAAUGUUUGGAAUUAAGCCUCAUCUGCAACAAAAGGAGCCAACAUUAGAUGAAAGACCACCAGUUAGUAGGGCAUUGCCACAGCCUGAGAAACUUCAGACAAAUAAUGUUGGGAAAAAAAAGAGGCCUAUAGAGGACCUAAUUUUGGAGCUGGUAUUUGGGUACCGAGGCAAGGACUGCAGGAACAACGUGCACUAUUUGAAUGAUGGUGCUGAUGUAAUUUAUCAUACUGCAUCUAUUGGGAUCUUGUAUAAUGUGGCAACAGGCUCUCAGUCCUUUUACCAGGAACACAAUGAUGAUAUUCUGUGCCUCACUGUAAAUCAGCACCCCAAGUUUACCAACAUAGUGGCAACUGGCCAAGUAGGAGACUCAGCAGAUAUGUCAGCUACAGCCCCUUCUAUCCAUGUGUGGGAUGCAAUGAACAAACAGACGUUAUCGGUACUGCGGUGCUACCAUUCAAAGGGAGUUUGCUCAGUCAGUUUCAGUGCCACUGGCAAACUACUGCUGUCUGUAGGGCUGGAUCCUGAACAUACCAUUACCAUUUGGAAAUGGCAGGAAGGUGCCAAAAUUGCCAGCCGAGCUGGUCAUAACCAACGUAUAUUUGUAGCAGAAUUCAGACCAGAUUCAGACACCCAGUUUGUUUCUGUGGGAGUAAAACACGUGAGGUUCUGGACACUGGCUGGAAGAGCUCUUCUCAGUAAAAAAGGGCUGCUGAGUUCCAUAGAAGAUGCCCGAAUGCAGACGAUGCUAUCUGUAGCUUUCGGAGCUAAUAACUUGACAUUUACAGGUACUAUCAGUGGAGAUGUUUGUGUUUGGAAAGAUCAUGUACUGAUACGAAUUGUGGCCAAAGCUCACAAUGGACCUGUUUUCACAAUGUAUACUACAUUAAGAGAUGGUUUGAUCGUUACAGGAGGCAAGGAAAGACCAUCAAAGGAAGGGGGAGCAGUUAAACUAUGGGAUCAAGAGCUGAAACGAUGUCGUGCCUUCAGACUGGAGACAGGACAAAUGACUGACUGCGUUCGCUCCGUUUGUAGAGGCAAGGGAAAAAUUCUUGUUGGGACAAGGAAUGCUGAAAUAAUCGAAGUUGGAGAGAAAAAUGCUGCAUGUAACAUACUCAUUAAUGGUCAUAUGGAUGGACCAAUCUGGGGUCUGGCAACACAUCCUUCCAGAGAUUUUUUCCUUUCUGCUGCAGAAGAUGGCACAGUAAGACUCUGGGAUAUUGCUGAAAAGAAGAUGCUGAACAAAGUCAGUUUAGGACACGCAGCUCGUACUGUUUGUUACAGCCCAGAAGGUGAUAUGGUAGCUAUUGGCAUGAAAAAUGGAGAAUUUAUUAUCUUGCUUGUGACCUCUCUAAAAAUAUGGGGGAAAAAAAGGGACAGAAGAUCAGCUAUUCAGGAUAUCAGGUUUAGCCCAGAUUCUCGUUACUUAGCGGUGGGUUCCAGCGAGAAUGCGGUGGAUUUUUAUGAUCUGACCUUGGGUCCCACACUAAAUCGAGUCAGCUACUGCAAAGAUAUCCCAAGCUUCGUGAUCCAGAUGGACUUCUCUGCAGAUAGCUCUUAUCUUCAGGUCUCUACUGGGUCUUAUAAAAGGCAAGUCUAUGAAGUGCCUUCAGGAAAACAGCUUGUGGAUCAGGCUGUGAUUGACAGAAUAACGUGGGCUACUUGGACCAGUGUCCUAGGGGAUGAAGUAAUUGGAAUCUGGUCCAGGCAUGCUGAAAAAGCUGAUGUAAACUGUGCCUGUGUGUCUCAUUCGGGAAUCAACCUUGUCACGGGUGAUGAUUUUGGCAUGGUCAAACUCUUUGACUUUCCAUGUCCUGAAAAAUUUGCAAAACACAAACGAUUUUUAGGGCACUCAGCCCAUUUGACUAAUAUUCGCUUUACAAGUGGAGAUAGAUACGUUGUUAGUGCUGGAGGGGAUGACUGCAGCUUAUUUGUUUGGAAAUGUGUGCAUAUGCCUCACUGAGAGAGAGAUGGAGACUUGCCAAGAGGACACUGCAUGAAGUAACAGGCAUGAAACGCCCAGGAUUGCAAUGUGACAUUCUGCUGUGCCCUGCAUGCUUGAGAAAUGGUGCUGAUCCAAGACACAGAGUGAUCUGUCUCUGCAAGACAGUGUCUAGAGUCUAUCAGAAGGAUGGACUGUAACAAAUAUGCUGAGGCCAUUAGAUUUGCUUCAGCACUGGAUAAUCCUUGUUUGUAUUUCACCCACUGCCAGAUGUUGAAAAAGAAAUACGUGGAUAAAAGGAAAAAGUGAGUGGUUAAUCAAUGUACAGUUUUCACAGUAAGAUCCUGGAUUUUUAAUCAAGAGAUGUUAUUUCUGACCUAGUGCUGUACAUUGUCUAUUUUCAGCAUGAAUGUUUUUCCUUUAAGUUUUGGGGUCUGAAUAUCAUUGAAAAAAAGAGUAUUCCAUAUUUUAUUACUGAAAGAAAACGUAUAUUAACUCUGAAGAAUAUAAUAUUUUAAUAAAUGGUUAAAUAUUAAAAUGGAAAAUGAUAUUUCUGUGACUGGUCAAAAAAGGAAAAAUCAUCUGGCAAAGCAAAAAAAAAAAAAAAAAAAAGACAGAGCUGAUUCCUUAGGACUUAAGUUUUUCUGUAUUUAGAGGCCUGGGUCACAAUCAUGUCUGGUGAAAGCUGUUGGAUAUGCAUGAUCUUCAUGGCUAAUUUAGUGUUUUUGUUGCACUUAAACAUUAAAUUAGUUCUGUGAGUAAAAAUAGAUUUGCUCACUUUGCGAGUGCCUUGCCCACAACCUAAAAGUCUAACUCCAGUUUUUGCCUUUGAAUAAAUGUAUUCUCGUGGAAGAAAGAUUUUUGCUGUGUUGCUUGAGUGGGCUGCUAGCCUCUAUGGUGAAAAUGUGAACGAGGGUGAGGAUUUUAGUCUUCAUGACUGAUAAAGCUUGGGGUGUCACCAGUUGCAAAAAUAGAAUUUCAUAGCAAUAUGAAUUGAAUUUAUUUUCUCAGCAUCAUAGGGGGGAUUCAGAGAGAAUAUAAACUUUCCAAACAUUUUAUUUUGUAUGUUCAGACUUUUUAAAAGAAUUGGGACUAGCUGGGUGAGAUCUUUACUUAGAUUUCUCUCCUGAUUGUAAAAACAUCCAAUCAUAUGCUUCUUUAAAUGGACCUACUGUCACCUCUAGCAUAAGUGCAUUUAUUCUGUACUGCAACAUAACAGAGACUGUAGGAUGAAAAAAUAUUACAGUGAUGAUAAAAACCUGUACCAAGUUACGUUUUGGGUACAAGUGAGGAAGAUUACAUCAGCUGUCUAAAUCAUGUUGUCGUGAUGCAUUGCAGACUAAACCUGUUUUUUAAUCAGUGCAGUUAUUUUUCAUGCAACAUAGAAGGAAACAGAAGUAAUAAUUUAUCUCUGCAGUUAUCAUCACUACUCUUGUAAUGGCAGUUUGCUGUGAACAUAAAGCAGUUCUUGUCUAUGUAAGUCAGUGUUGCUUUAAGGGUGGCAUUUGUUUAGGUCAGUCAGCAGGCUUGAUAUUAUUCACCUCUUGCAUUCUCUUAUGCCAGAUAAAAGUAAAAAUGAAAUAAGCCUCCUCUCUUCUUGUAAGCAUCUUGCAUGGAUGGUGGUGAUAGAGGGAAUGGGAGGGCUUGUAUAUAUGAGGAAAAAGAAAAUGAGCCAGACUUCUGUGCUCUCCUGUGUCCAAAACUCUUGUUAUGCACUAUACAAAGCUAGUUACCCAACAGUUUUAGAGAAUAUAUUUUAUAUAUCAAACUAUAACAGAUACUUAUUUUAAAGAAGAAGAACUAAACUAUUAUCAGGUUUCUCGGCAUGAUGAUUCUUAGCAAAGUCUUGCCAGUCAUGCAGCUGCUAUUCUACAGGCACAAAAAAAAUUGGUGGAUUUGGUCAUGACCGUACAGGGAGAUUUAUCAGUAGCAUUUUUGACUUUAGGGGAACUGCAGCUGAGAAUUGAGAUUAGACUUGGUCCGUUUCAUAACCUUGUUGCCUGAUGAUGUUAUGUGAAAAUUAGUAAUUGGUAUUUAAAUGUUACCUAUGCCAGAGAAAUCAAUUGUUCUAUCUCUUGUUAGAUGCAUCUAAGCAGGAGCUCUUGACUUGAAGAUUUGUCCUGCCUCUAAUUUAAGGUUGCCUUUCAUCAGUUGGAGUUGGAUGGCUGUUAACAGCUCCCUCAUAGCCUGUCCUCCACAGACUGCCAGAUCAAAGUUCCUUUUCUGCCUCUUCGAGUUUUCCCCUCAAAAUCCUAGGCUCAGUAUCUCCCAACACAUGAUUUUUGUAGGCCUUCAUCCAGUGAAGGAAGUAUGGGCCAUCAGGAGGUUUGUUCCUCUGAUCCCCGUAUUUCCCCACUGUAUCAUCACUCUAGUCAUCUCUUCCCUCCUGCCCCUUGCCGCAGUCAUUAAUACUGUUGCUCUAGCUGUGCCUCUCCUCUGAUAAUUUGCCCAGUGGUGCUUUCGCCCUGAGGAAUCUCAGCUGCCGCGUCGGAGGUGGAGUGCGAGUGAGAAGUCGAGGGGCGACCUGCGGCAGGGCUGCGUGCGGCAGAGCAGGGCUGCUAGCUGUGGUUCGCAGUGCUGAGCCUCCAGCUCCUCCUCCUGCUUCAUCCUCUUCCAAACCUCACUGGAACUGUAAAGGGCUGGGUGGGAGCUGGAAGCUCAAGAGCUAUUUAAAAACAAAGCUACCAGCCUCAUUCCUCCUAUUGCAGCCAAUUUGGCAGCUAGUAUUUUCCCUGAUGGCCCCGCCAGUGGUUUGUCGGGUGGAUUGUGGUCAGCCAGCUGGAAGUGGCCAUGAGUGGUGAGGAGAGCAGCGGCACAGGCCGAGUUGCAGCUUUCUUGCUGAAGGCUGUUUGGGACGCAGUUUGUGUGACAAGAUGCCAGAUACAGCUGGCUGUAACCACAGUUAAAGGUGGCAGCUUUGCUGUCUUUUUGGUCAGAUUUGCCCCCGAUGGUGCUUGCUGUUGUGCCUCCUUUGCUGUUUACAUUAAGUGCUGUUGUAGUUACUUGCUAAUCAUUGCCAGCCAGAGUGGCGAGUGGUUAGAGCAGGUGUAUACCAGAGCAGAGCGUCCAUUUUGGGGGACACUGGGACAUUGCGAUUGCUUGUUCAGAAAAAAAGGCAGAGGACGACAUGCACCAGUAUAUCAGGAAAGAAGCUAGAACGGGAAGGGAUUGGUGAUAGACUUUCCUGUGGGAGCAUCAGAGAGACGUAGCGUGGGCCGAAAGGCUUUAUCUGAAACCAGAGAUUUUGCAGCCCUAAAGAAAGGGAGGCAAAAGUUCUGUGUAAGAUUCACCUGCUCUUUCUGGAUGAUUUGGUUUUCUGGCUUAAUUAUUUUUCUAACUCUCUUUUCUAGUUGUCAGCAAACACAAAUCUGUGAGAUCUUUAAAGUCAGCAAUAUCUUUUUUGUAAUAACAGAAAUAAACUAGAUUAAAGCAAAAUGCCAUUUUACUUAAAAACAAGUGUGCUCUUGAAAGCUAUUUAAAUAACGUUAGGAAAAAAGAGAUGAAGAGAAGGAAAAUCCAGCUUAUAAGAACAUACAAAAAUGAAAAAUAAAUAUAUUUAGAAUUGAAAAUUAGCAUAGUGCAGGAGCUGAGGAAAACAGUUUAGAUUAGGAUAGAGAGAACUAAUUAGCCAAAUGUAUUGAAUCAUUUAGACUUGAAAUCUUAAAUUUCUCAUUCUUAAAGAGACAAGUCAUCCUAUAUCACUUUUUGAUUUUGACAGGGAAGGCAAGGGACAAUGUAAAACCAAGGAUACAAGAAAGCAUUUCAGAAAAUUAAGGCAACUUCAUCACUUCGUUUGAUAGUUGAAAGCAAGCAUGCAGUCAGAUCAACUUCUGAUAUUGCUCAAUAUCAGGAUUUCAGUUUUAACAGAAUUUUCAUUUCAGAACAGCUCAGAAAUUUAUGCAAGUCUGGUUAAAGCAGACUUGGACUCAUACCAUCAGAAAGCAGACACGCUGCAGACAAGUAUCUCCUGGAUCCAGAAGCUAGAUCAGAAUAAAGGACUUCAGUACCUAGGGCAGGACUUUGAGAGCAUUCAGGAGUGGCUUAGUUCAAUACUGCGAUCCCCUUUUCUCAGCUGCUGCCUAAACUCCGUAUUUGACUUUAAAGUUUGCCAAGGCAAACAGAGUCCUGCUCUUAACAAGCCCAGAAGUUCUCUCUGUGCUGCUCCAAACCUGCUGCCUGGAUUCCUCCCAGCAGUGCUUACCUUGCCGCUCGCACAUGGAUUUCACUGUCCACCUCCGCACUGGAGGACCUUAGCAGGUUUAGUCCAUACGUUGUAACAGUGUGAGAAGCUAAGGAACUUGGUUUCAAAUACUCUUCUUACAGAGGCAAGAUGAUGUGUUUCCCUAUUUCAUUAUCAGUGUCAAAGAUGUGACAAGCCUUAAUCUUUUCUUUUUUCUAUUCAUUAUCGUAGAGUAUAGGCAAAUGUCUUUUUCUCAGUAUUUUGGACAAAGUGAAUCAUCCUAUCUAUAGUCUCCAUAGAGAAAGGGAAGAAAGAUUGCAAGUCGCAUAAUAAAUUGUCACACCAGUCAUGAUUUUUUGUUUUAGCAUCACUAGCUGCAUUGCGCGUACAUAUUCUUCCAUUCUCAGAGUUUUCUUAUGCUUCCUUGCAAUCUGCUCUGUUUUCCUAAAGCACUGCUGGAUUUUACUUCUGGAUAGAUACAUGAGCUUGCCAAAGCCUACUAUGCAUUUUUUAUACCAGUCACUGUGGUAUGGUCAGACCAAACCCUUUUCUUUGGUUCUCUCCAGCUUCUGAUCUGGAAUCAACCUUACUUUCAAACUUAAAUUCCGUAUAUCUUAUUUCAGAAAAGUGAAUGGCUUUAGGUGUAUAGUAUGCAUAAAUGCCACAAUUGAUUUCCUUGCCAAAAUCAUUCAUAAGUAACUAAAAAUAACCUAGGAGGGGGGUUCCUGGUCUAUUUGAUGAUGAAACAGAUAACCACUCACUGACUCCUUCCCAGGUUACCUACGGAAUAUCAGUCAUAAUCUUGAUCUAUCAUUUGUUAGCUCUAUUAAUUAAACGAGGAAUCCAACCGAAUCACUUUUUCCUAUUAAAAAUAAAAAGGAACACAAGUUCUUUCCCCCUUUCAAUUGAAAAAGAAUGUGUAAGGUCUGAGCAUGGUGACAAUAGGCAAUUGUCAUCAUUUCUUGCCAUUUAUUAAAUUAGGGAAGAUGUGAUGGAGGAAGCAGCACCAUGGAACCAGUAAAUAUAAAUUUAGAGAAACAAAAGGAGAAAGGAAGGAAAAUGAAGGAAAGCUCAGAAAUAGGCAAAGGCAGGACUGACGUGCGGGGGGGUCAUACCAAUUACCAAUGGAUAGAAAACAUCCUCUUCAGCGGGAAACCAGUCAGUGGCUGGUGUUGGAGUGCAAGGAUGAGUGAGGAGUACUGAGUUGUGCAAACAGAGAAAGUAAUGCCCCGAGUUGGCUUCUGGAUGUCAGAGGAAAAGCCACACGCAAUUACCCUCCCUCUUUUUUUGGGGAAGAUGCAGCUGCUCCCAUACUAAACUAUGGGACAACUACUUAGUGCUGAAGUACAGCAGGUAAAACAGGUUUAUCACUGCUGGCAUUGUUCAUGUGUUGGCAGUGAAGAAAGUAAUACAAAUAAAUAUAAAAAUGCUGCGGAGUACUGAGAGCUCAGGUAAAAGAGUUUAGAAUGUAUUUAUUUUAAAAUGCUACUUAUCUUUCUCAUGUUAACCAAACAUGGGAUUAUGUUAAUUGGCCUCUUCUGAUAUUAUCCAUAUUUCAGUUUCCUGUGCAACUGUGUUUAAAUGCUUUCUUUAAACAAAAAAAUACUAAACCAAAGAAAUAUUUUAUUUUGCAAAACUCUCUGCAACCAACCUCUAUCAAUUACUGGCUCUUUUAUCUGUUUUCUAAUGAACCUUUACUCACAAGUUCUCAUUUCAGUUCCCAGACAUGCACAGAAUGCAUUUGUUCCAUUUAACACUAGGUACGCGCAGUUGAUGGACACAGAACAUGUAUCUGCAGAGGACAAUUCAAAUCAUACAUGGGCUGAAUUUCCCUUUAGUGGUUCCUUGUCUUAGGCCUCCAAAUAUAGGUAUAAUGUCAGGCAAGGUGAACGUAGGCCUAUGAAUACACAUCAGUAGAAAAAAAAAUCAUUAAGUUCUUGAUUAUCCCACAAGAAAUCAUUACAAAGUAAGGAAAUACUGAGAUAAACGUUAAAUAAAAAAAUCCAAACUCAUUACAGUUUCCAGUUAGGCAAUGAGCCUUGACUUUAUCAUGUAGCAACUCUUGGUAGGAAACAUACAGUUAAAAUCUGUGCAUGAAGAUCUGUGCUGAUUCUGCGC